UUUGGAAUCGUCAAUCACACAACAAAUACAAUAGAAGAAAGACGACACUCAACAAUGGCAAUAACGAAGUCCGUUCUCCCUCUAGUGAUGUUGGUUGCGCUGGUGUCUCAGAGCCAACUUAUCACUGCCCAGUUUCAGGCUCAAACUUGCUCUUCCUCACUAUCAAGCCUCAAUGUGUGUGCGCCAUUUGCCGUGCCUGGGUCUUCCAGCAGCACCACACCUAGCCCUGAGUGUUGUGGUGCCCUCCAGGCGAUCGACCAUGACUGUAUGUGUAGCACAUUGCGGAUCGCCUCCCAAAUCCCUACCCAGUGCAACCUUCCUCCCCUCAAUUGCGGUGGAAACUGAGGUGGGAUUGCUGGUAAUUGCCAAUAAUGCUGAAAUUCAAGAGUGGUUUUGAGUGUUUGUCUUCCUUUUAUCUUUAGGUGUAAUCCUGCUGUCUCCUCCUGUCUGCAAUAUUUUAGGAUUUCCAGUGAAUGUGUGAGAGGUCAGACAAGACCAAAAAUGUUAUGAAAUAAUAAACAGAGAUGUCUUUUUUUCUUAA